AUGGCAUCUACAGUCGCCUCCGCCAUUCGACCUGGCCUGCGCGAAAGACAACAAUCCGGCUCACCUCACACUCCAAGCCGUUACAUCUCCUCGGUCCAAUCCUCCCCCGGUUCCUCAUUUUUUCGAGCCGAGGAAGACCCUAUCAUCAUCGAACUCAAUCCACGGGAACUCAGCGCAGGUUUUCAAGGAGAGAGCGGCCCUCAAUGCACAAUCGCAUUUACCCCUCAGAACUCCAGACGUUUAGGGGAUUAUCGCACGCAUUUGACGAGCUACAAGAGAAGAGAGGAAAAUAUACAAGCUCGAUGCAAGGACUACGAGUUAUGGACAAGCGACGUGAAGGAUGUGAACUUGGGUUUGCUGGAUGAUAAGCUGGAACGAGCAGUUAGAGAGGCAUACACAAAACAUCUACUGGUUGAUGCUGGAAGCGCGAGGAUGAUCCUUGUUUUGCCCUCUCUGGUACCGCAUCCAGUUCUUUCCACCAUCUUGACAUUACUAUUUGAGCGCUGGAAGUACUCGUCCAUCACCCUCCUGCCCACCCCCACAAUGACGAUCGCUGGCUCGGGCCUGCGCUCAGGUCUGGUCGUUGAGAUUGGCUGGGAGGAAACGGUUGUAACGGCAAUUUAUGAAUAUCGAGAAAUUCACAUGCGGCGGACUGUACGGGCUAUGAAAGCUCUGACUUGCAGAAUUGCGACAGUGUUGGACGGUGUCAGAAAAGGACAAAAGCAUUCGGCACAAGACGAUUUGGUGUUUGACUUUGACUUUGUAGAAGACUUCAUCGACCGUGCUGGCAGCUGUCAUGCCUUGGUUCGAGCCACUGAAGACGAAUUGACUGAGGGAAUUGCAGGUCUUGGUUUGGUAGAACAACCGGCACCAAAAGCAGGAGGAGAUAACAUCGUCAUCGAUUGGCCUACAAGCUCAUCCCAUCGCCGUGUAUCCAUAUCUUGUGCAGCACUUCACCAGGCGUGUGUGGAAAGUCUGAUAGGUCAACAGAAUGAAGAUUGUCCGGACGACCAUGAACAGUCAAUCAGCCAAGUCUUGUAUCGAACACUCCUCGAUUUACCUCCAGAUGUACGCGCCAUAUGUCUACCGAGGAUUAUCUUCGUCGGCCGCGGGGCCAGGAUCGCAGGACUGUCUGGACUGAUAUUGCACGAAGCCCAAUCCACCAUUUCUCAACAUGGCUGGACGGCUGUCAGGGGCAAGCACUUUGAUGCUAAGAGGAGUGGACUCACAGAGCUUGCUCAGGGUCGAGCUGUAAUGGCGGAGGCUCGACACGAUAUCACUAUUCCGGUAGCAGGGGACUUUGUGGAGGAGCGGCUCUCAAAACAAAAGUCUAGGGAUGCGUCGACUGCUGUGCCUAUAACCGUGCGGGAGGUGAGCUCUCUGGGAGCCUGGACUGGCGCAAGUCUGGUAGCAAGCUUGAAGGCAAAGUCAUUUGUCGAGAUCGAAAGAGAGAAGUUUCUUUCGCAGGGUCUGGCAGGAGCUCAUCGAGACCUGGAUUCUUCGGUCACUUCCCAACGGCUCACCACUGCGAAAAGCACCGAGAGAACUAGCUGGACUUUGGCUGGUUGGGCUUGA